CCGUGUUCUCACGCUUAGUAGUGAUUUUUGUGUAGUAUAGUCAUCAUGAAGGCUCUUAGAGGAAUGGUGAGCGGAGCCGUCAGUGAAAUAUCAUCUGCUGUUACCGGGAGCAAACACGUCGCAGUUCGGGAAAAUGCCCUCGCCGUGACUCGUGACUAUAUUUCUCAGCCGAGAUUAACAUAUAAAACCGUUGCUGGUGUUAAUGGACCCCUGGUGAUUUUGGAUCAAGUGAAGUUCCCCAGGUUUGCUGAGAUUGUUCAUCUGACUCUGCCUGAUGGAACCAAGAGGAGCGGACAAGUGCUGGAGGUCACAGGCUCCAAAGCUGUGGUCCAGAUUGCUGCACAGAUCUGUCGUCAGGCGGGAUUGGUGAAGAAGUCCAAAGAUGUGAUGGAUUACAGCGAGGAGAACUUUGCCAUUGUGUUUGCUGCCAUGGGGGUCAACAUGGAGACUGCAAGAUUUUUUAAGUCUGAUUUCGAAGAGAACGGGUCCAUGGACAAUGUGUGCCUCUUUUUAAAUUUGGCCAAUGAUCCCACGAUUGAACGCAUCAUCACCCCUCGCCUUGCACUUACCUCAGCUGAGUUUCUGGCUUACCAGUGUGAGAAACACGUGCUGGUCAUAUUGACUGACAUGAGCUCUUAUGCCGAGGCUUUACGAGAGGUCUCAGCAGCUAGAGAAGAGGUUCCUGGUCGACGUGGUUUCCCAGGUUACAUGUACACUGAUCUGGCAACAAUAUACGAGAGGGCCGGACGUGUGGAGGGACGCAAUGGCUCCAUCACCCAAAUCCCAAUCCUCACUAUGCCCAAUGAUGAUAUUACCCAUCCUAUUCCCGAUUUAACCGGCUACAUCACUGAGGGUCAAAUUUAUGUGGACAGGCAGCUUCAUAACAGACAGAUCUAUCCUCCCAUCAAUGUACUGCCUUCUUUGUCUCGAUUGAUGAAGUCAGCCAUUGGUGAAGGAAUGACACGCAAAGACCACUCAGAUGUCUCUAAUCAGCUGGUAA